AUGGAUUCGUUUUCAUCACCAUCAAGUGGAUCUUCUGCAACCCAAUUCAACCCUGACGCUUUCAAGGACCAGCUUAAGAACCAACUUGCUCAGGCUUAUGCCGAGGAGUUCUUGGAGACCCUGAGGUCAAAGUGCUUCGACAAGUGCAUCACGAAACCAGGAUCCAGCCUAGGUGGGAGUGAGAGUAGCUGCAUCUCUAGAUGUAUGGAUCGCUAUAUUGAGGCCACUGGCAUCAUCAGUAAAGCUCUCUUUAGUGCAUCCCCACAAUGA